AUGUCUGCGCAGCUCACUCCCUCCAAACAGGCUGCUACCUCUCUCGAGAACCUCAAGAUGAACGACUCUCCUGUCAAGAAACUCAACUUCGAAGCCGCGGACAAGGAGAACGCGCCCGCGUCCGACCCUGUCGUCGACGCCACCACCAUGCCCGUUGCAGAGAAGCCUGUUGGGCCUUCGAAGGCCCAGCUCAAAAUUAGAGAAAUUGAGGCCAAUGAGCCUCUGCUCCAAGAGAACCCCCACCGCUUUGUCUUGUUCCCUAUCAAGUACCAUGAGAUCUGGCAAAUGUACAAGAAGGCCGAGGCCUCCUUCUGGACCGCUGAGGAAAUCGAUCUCUCGAAGGACCUUCACGACUGGAACAACCGCCUGACUGAUGAUGAACGCUUCUUCAUCUCGCGUGUCUUGGCUUUCUUUGCCGCUUCCGAUGGCAUUGUCAACGAGAACCUGCUGGAGCGAUUCAGUGGAGAAGUUCAGAUUCCCGAGGCCCGCUGCUUCUACGGUUUCCAGAUCAUGAUUGAGAACAUUCACGCUGAGACCUACUCGCUCUUGAUUGACACUUACAUCAAGGAGCCCAAGCAGCGCACAUACCUCUUUGAUGCCAUUGAUACUAUUCCCUGCAUUCGCAAGAAGGCCGACUGGGCUAUUAGGUGGAUCCAGGACCAGGAAUCUACAUUCGCCCAACGUCUGGUUGCAUUCGCUGCCGUUGAGGGUAUCUUCUUCUCCGGCUCGUUUGCCUCUAUCUUCUGGCUGAAGAAGCGUGGCUUGAUGCCCGGUCUCACUUUCUCUAACGAGCUCAUCUCUCGUGACGAGGGUCUCCAUACCGACUUUGCGUGCUUGCUGUUCUCUCACCUGAACUGGCGUCCAUCCAACCAGGUCGUCGAGGACAUCAUCGUUGAGGCUGUUUCUAUCGAGAAGGAGUUCCUCACGGAUGCUCUUCCCUGCGCGCUCUUGGGAAUGAACUCCAACCUCAUGUGUCAGUACAUUGAGUUUGUUGCUGACCGCCUCCUUGUUGCUCUUGGUAACAAGAAGUACUUCAACGCCACCAACCCCUUCGACUUCAUGGAGACCAUCUCUCUGGCUGGUAAGACCAACUUCUUCGAGAAGCGUGUCGGUGACUACCAGAAGGCCGGUGUCAUGGCAAGCACCAAGAAGGACCCCAAGCAGGAGGAGGCUAAGGCCGCCAGCGGUAACGGCCUGUCCUUUGACGAGGACUUCUAA